GGGAGGUGGCUGCGAGGGUGGGAGGUGUGUGCGCGCGUGUGCCGCGCCGUGGGGAGCGGCGGGUCGCGCCGCGGGCUGUCAGCUAGCUGCGCGCCGCCGCCCGAUGGCGCGAGGAGGCGCGCGGGCGCAGCCCCGUGGGGCCUCCCCCGGCCGCGGGUGAGCCCCUCGGCUUGCCGCCCGCGAGCAUGUCACCUUCAGCCGCCGCGGCAGACUUCGCCAGCAGUACCCGCGCCCCCGCCUCCCGCAGCCGCAGCUGCUGCCGCUGCCUGGGGCAUCGGCCCCCAGACCCCCGCCCCUGAUCCACGCCCAGACCCUAGAGCCGGAGGACCAUGGCCGGCCAGGGGGACUGCUGCGUCAAGGUGGCCGUCAGGAUUCGGCCCCAGCUGUCAAAGGAGAAGAUUGAGGGCUGUCACAUCUGCACCUCUGUCACCCCCGGGGAGCCCCAGGUCCUUCUGGGGAAGGACAAGGCCUUCACCUAUGACUUUGUCUUCGACCUGGACACCUGGCAGGAACAGAUCUAUUCGACCUGUGUGAGCAAGCUCAUUGAGGGCUGCUUCGAGGGCUACAAUGCCACAGUGCUGGCCUAUGGGCAGACAGGGGCCGGGAAGACAUACACGAUGGGCACCGGCUUCGACACUGUGACAUCGGAGGAGGAGCAGGGCAUCAUCCCGAGGGCCAUUGCACACCUCUUUGGGGGCAUUGCAGAGCGCAAGCGGCGGGCACAGGAGCAGGGCGUGGCCGGGCCUGAGUUCAAAGUCAGCGCGCAGUUCCUGGAGCUCUACAAUGAGGAGAUCCUCGACCUGUUCGAUAGCACCCGUGACCCUGAUGCCCGCCACCGCAGGUCCAACAUCAAGAUCCACGAGGAUGGGAAUGGUGGCAUCUACACCACGGGCGUCACUUCCCGCCUCAUCAACUCCCAGGAGGAGCUGAUCCAGUGCCUGAAGCAGGGGGCCCUGUCCCGCACCACGGCCAGCACCCAGAUGAAUGUGCAGAGCUCCCGCUCACACGCCAUCUUCACUAUCCAUGUGUGCCAGAUGCGAGUGUGCACCCAGCCCGAGCCAGUCAGUGAGGCGGUGACUGGGCUUCCUGAGGGCACCGCACCCACCAGUGAGUAUGAGACCCUCACUGCUAAGUUUCACUUUGUGGACCUGGCCGGCUCAGAGCGGCUGAAGCGGACGGGGGCCACUGGCGAGCGGGCCAAGGAGGGCAUCUCCAUCAACUGCGGCCUGUUGGCCCUGGGCAACGUGAUCAGCGCCUUGGGGGACCAGAGCAAGAAGGUGGUGCACGUGCCCUACAGGGACUCGAAGCUCACUCGGCUUCUCCAAGACUCGCUGGGGGGCAACAGCCAGACCAUCAUGAUUGCCUGUGUGAGCCCCUCAGACCGGGACUUCAUGGAGACGCUCAACACACUCAAAUACGCCAAUCGGGCCCGCAACAUCAAGAACAAGGUGGUGGUGAACCAGGACAAGACGAGCCAACAGAUCAGUGCCCUGCGGGCCGAGAUUGCUCGCCUGCAGAUGGAGCUGAUGGAGUACAAGGCGGGCAAGAGGGUGAUUGGAGAGGAUGGUGCCGAGGGCUACAGCGACCUGUUCCGGGAGAAUGCCAUGCUGCAGAAGGAGAACGGGGCACUGCGUCUGCGGGUGAAGGCUAUGCAGGAGGCCAUCGAUGCCAUCAACAACCGCGUCACUCAUCUCAUGAGCCAGGAAGCCAAUCUGCUCCUGGCCAAGGCUGGUGAUGGUAAUGAGGCCAUUGGUGCUCUGAUCCAGAACUACAUCCGGGAGAUUGAGGAGCUGCGGACGAAGCUCCUGGAGAGUGAGGCCAUGAAUGAGUCCCUGCGCCGCAGCCUCUCCCGGGCCUCGGCUCGAAGCCCCUACGCCCUGGGUGCAUCUCCGGGCACUCCGGCCUUCGGGGGCAGCCCGGUCAGCUCCAUGGAGGAUGCCUCUGAAGUGAUCCGCAGGGCCAAGCAGGACCUGGAGCGGCUCAAGAAGAAGGAAGUCAGGCAGCGGAGAAAGAGCCCAGAGAAGGAGGCCUUCAAAAAGAGGGCAAAACUCCAACAGGAAAACAGUGAGGAGACCGACGAGAAUGAGGCUGAGGAGGAGGAGGAAGAGCCAGACGAGAGCGGCUGUGAGGAGGAGGAGGGGCGUGAGGAUGAAGACGAGGACUCGGGCAGUGAGGGGAGCCUGGUGGACUCGGACUCAGACCCUGACGAGAAGGAGGUGAACUUCCAGGCCGACCUGGCCGACCUGACGUGUGAGAUCGAGAUCAAGCAGAAGCUGAUCGAUGAGCUGGAGAACAGCCAGAGGCGACUGCAGACUCUAAAGCACCAGUACGAGGAGAAGCUGAUUCUGCUUCAGAACAAGAUCCGGGACACACAGUUGGAGCGUGACCGUGUGCUGCAGAACCUCAGCACCAUGGAAUGCUACACGGAGGAGAAGGCCAACAAGAUCAAGGCGGAUUACGAGAAGCGGUUGCGGGAGAUGAACCGGGACCUGCAGAAGCUGCAGGCUGCGCAGAAGGAGCACGCGCGGCUGCUCAAAAACCAGUCCCGCUACGAGAGGGAGCUGAAGAAGCUGCAGGCCGAGGUGGCUGAGAUGAAGAAGGCCAAGGUGGCCCUGAUGAAGCAGAUGCGUGAGGAGCAGCAGCGGCGGCGGCUGGUAGAGACUAAGAGGAACCGGGAGAUCGCUCAGCUCAAGAAGGAACAGCGGCGCCAGGAGUUUCAGAUCCGAGCGCUGGAGUCCCAGAAGCGGCAGCAGGAAAUGGUCCUGAGGAGGAAAACCCAGGAGGUUUCCGCACUGAGGCGCCUGGCCAAGCCCAUGUCUGAGCGGGUGGCAGGACGUGCAGGACCGAAGCCGCCCAUGCUGGACUCAGGGGCUGAGGUGUCAGCCAGCACUACCUCCUCCGAGGCUGAAUCAGGGGCGCGCUCUGUCUCCAGCAUCGUGCGCCAAUGGAACCGCAAAAUCAACCACUUCUUGGGGGACCAUGCUGCACCUGCUGUCAAUGGCGCCCGCCCUGCCAGAAAGAAGUUCCAGAAGAAGGGGGCCAGCCAGAGCUUCAGUAAGGCUGCGAGGCUCAAGUGGCAGUCCCUGGAACGGAGGAUCAUUGACAUCGUCAUGCAGAGGAUGACCAUUGUCAACCUAGAGGCUGACAUGGAGCGGCUCAUCAAGAAAAGGGAGGAGCUGUUCCUCCUGCAGGAGGCGCUGCGGAGGAAGCGGGAGCGGCUGCAGGCUGAGAGCCCGGAGGAGGAGAAGGGCCUGCAGGAGCUGGCCGAGGAGAUCGAGGUGCUGGCAGCCAACAUUGACUAUAUCAACGACAGCAUCACCGACUGCCAGGCCACCAUUGUGCAGCUGGAGGAGACCAAGGAGGAACUGGACUCCACGGACACAUCCGUGGUCAUCAGCUCCUGCUCCCUGGCCGAAGCCCGCCUCCUGCUGGACAACUUCCUCAAGGCAUCCAUCGACAAGGGGCUACAGGUGGCACAGAAGGAGGCUCAGAUCCGGCUGCUGGAGGGACGGCUGAGGCAGACAGACAUAGCAGGUUCUUCUCAGAACCACCUGCUCCUGGAUGCCCUCCGAGAGAAGGCGGAGGCACACCCAGAGCUGCAGGCCCUCAUCUACAACGUGCAGCAGGAGAAUGGCUACGCCAGCACGGAUGAGGAGAUCUCAGAGUUCUCUGAGGGGAGCUUCUCCCAGUCAUUCACCAUGAAAGGUUCCACCAGCCAUGAUGAUUUCAAGUUCAAGGGUGAGCCCAAGCUGUCUGCCCAAAUGAAGGCUGUGUCAGCCGAGUGCCUGGGUCCCCCGCUGGAUAUCUCCACCAAGAACAUCACCAAGUCCCUGGCCUCCCUUGUUGAGAUCAAAGAGAACGGAGUGGGCUUCUCCGUCCGAGACCCCUACUACCGGGACAAGGUCUCGCGCACUAUCAGCCUGCCCACCAGAGGCAGUACUUUCCCCCGGCAGUCUCGAGGCACAGAGACAUCCCCUCUGACCCGAAGGAAGUCUUAUGACCGAGGGCAGCCCAUCAGGUCCACGGAUGUGGGAUUCACGCCGCCCUCAUCCCCUCCCACUCGGCCCCGCAAUGACCGGAACGUCUUUUCUCGUCUCACCAGUAAUCAGAGCCAAGGCUCAGCACUGGACAAGUCUGAUGACAGCGACUCCUCUUUGUCGGAGGUCCUGAGGGGCAUCAUCAUCCCCGUUGGAGGAGCCAAGGGUGCAAGGACAGCCCCACUGCAGUGCGUCUCCAUGGCCGAGGGCCACACCAAGCCCGUCCUCUGCCUGGAUGCCACAGACGAGCUACUGUUUACAGGAUCCAAAGACCGCAGCUGUAAGAUGUGGAACUUGGUCACGGGCCAGGAGAUCGCGGCCCUAAAGGGCCACCCCAACAACGUGGUGUCCAUCAAGUACUGCAGUCACUCCGGGCUUGUGUUCUCCGUGUCUACCUCCUACAUCAAGGUGUGGGACAUCCGGGACUCGGCCAAGUGCAUUCGGACCCUCACGUCCUCGGGCCAGGUGACCUCCGGGGACGCCUGUGCCGCCACAUCCACCCGCGCUAUCACCAGUGCUCAGGGGGAGCACCAGAUCAACCAGAUCGCCCUCAGCCCUUCAGGCACCAUGCUCUACGCUGCCUCGGGCAACGCCGUCCGCAUCUGGGAGCUCAGCAGGUUCCAGCCGGUUGGCAAGCUGACUGGCCACAUCGGCCCUGUCAUGUGCCUGACCGUCACCCAGACCGCCAGCCAGCAUGACCUGGUGGUGACCGGCUCCAAGGACCACUACGUUAAGAUGUUCGAGUUGGGUGAGUGUGUGACGGGCACCAUUGGCCCCACCCACAACUUUGAACCCCCACACUAUGAUGGCAUCGAGUGUCUUGCCAUCCAGGGAGAUGUCCUAUUCAGUGGCUCGCGGGACAAUGGCAUCAAGAAGUGGGACCUGGAGCAGCAGGAGCUCAUCCAGCAAAUCCCCAAUGCACACAAGGACUGGGUGUGUGCCCUGGCCUUUGUCCCGGGCCGCCCCAUGCUGCUGAGCGCCUGCCGUGCGGGCGUCAUCAAGGUCUGGAACGUGGAUAACUUCACACCCAUUGGCGAGAUCAGGGGCCACGACAGCCCCAUCAAUGCCAUCUGCACCAACGCCAAGCACAUCUUCACUGCUUCCAGUGACUGCCGGGUAAAGGUGUGGAAUUACGUCCCCGGACUCACCCCCUGCCUUCCUCGCCGAGUCCUGGCCAUAAAGGGCCGAGCCACCACCCUGCCCUGACCCUCCCCUCCCGCCUCCUCUGUCAUUCUCCCCUCUUUCCUCUUCCCUCUCUUUCUCCACUUCGGUCUGAGCUGCUUCUCAACGGUAUGAGAUUAUUUUACUCCUCCUCCCUACUCUCCCUUCACGCCCUGCCUGGCCCGGACUGAAUGCCCCGCCUGCCGCUCUUCCUCCCACCCUCCUCUUCCGAGCAUGACCAGCGGGACAAACCCCCAGGAGAGGGGUGCCAGGCGGCAGAAGGCAGAGGGGGGAGCAUCCAGGCCUGGACAAAACAAAACAGCACCAACGAAAACCCAUGACGAGAAUUCUGUGGGGACUUUAAGACCACAGGCCCUCUCCCUCUGCCCAGCAGCCAGCCACCCCUCCACCCCUGCAGUCUGCCCUCAUCCUCAGCAAUGCUUGCCCCUGGGCCCCAGCCACAUUCGGGGAGUUUGGAGAAUCUGGCCCAUCCUUUACUUUGGGGGUAGCCAGCCGGGCCCACUUUGAGAGCUGACCGGUCCCUCUCUGUCCUCCACCCCAGUGACCUGACAGUGAAGUUCUGGAGCGGGCGGCGGUUACCUGGUGGCCCACCCUAGGAGCACACAGCGGUCCUCACCCGGGCUGUCUUUCAGAGGAUGGCCCCCAGACCCUCGGCCCCCCGGCAGCCUGGACAGCACAGAAGGGAAGCUGUGGUUUGACAGGGCCAACUGCCCUGGGGACAGAGGGUUUGGGCCUCAGGUGUGGCCCCUCUCCUGCUCUCCUGCCUCUCCCUUGACCUUCCUAUGGGAUACUGUACCCCCUGCCUCUUGGGUUGGCGGGGGGAGAGAGGUUUGGGGAGGAAUUGAAGCUGUGAAGCCAAAGGGCAUUUUCCCCUCUCAUUUCUCUCCCUGCAGGCCCCUCGGGCUCCCCUUGCCCUCCCUCUGGCCACAUUUUCUCCUUCUGAGCUGGCCAUGCCCUUCCUUAAGCCUCUGGCCCAGUCGCAGGGACCUGUAGGGGAGGCGAAGCACCCCCAGCCCCCGCCCCACCGAUGAACAGGCCUCCCCUGCUACCCCCUAAUCCAGCCUUCGGAGCCACUGCACCUGCCUCUGAGCCCAAAAUGAUAGUCCUCAGGUAACCAUGGAAACCAGGUGUUGGCAGCUGGGCCCUGCAGCUGACCCUAAGCCCCUUGGCCACCAACAGCCAUUCCCAGUUGACCCCAGCCGUCCCUUGGGGUCCCUUUCUAAUGGGGCCAAGGUAGAGCUGCUAGAAAAAUUCCUUUGGGGAGAUGGUCAGAAAUACUUCAGCUAUUUAUUAUUUUUUUUUUAUUUUUACUUUUUGCUGUUGCCUCCUGGAAACUGACUUGAAGUUUCUCCCCAAAUGUUCUUUCCCUCAGCACUCGGGGGCCAGGAAUCCCAAAGGGAAUCUGCCCAACCAGCCUUCCAGGGCCACCUCCUCUGUUCGCUUUGCAG